AUGGUAAUAACAGUGCCGUGGUUCCGCAAAAAGAAUAGGCAACUGCGCAAUCACUAUACGUUUCCAAAGAAAUAUGGAACUAAAAAACGACUAGUGAAUAAAGGCUCCACAGCCAAAGUUUAUAUGUAUCAAAAGGAUGCACAGACAUACGCCAUUAAAUUGUUUAAUCCCCGGGAACCCCACGAAACCAGGCAACUCUACAUGGAGACAAUUGAACAUGAAAUGUUAAUCCACCGGAAAUUGCGCCUAAACAACAAUGGACGCUUUGUAGUGGAUCUCCUUGAAGUGUUCACAAUAAAUAGAGACAACGUCUAUUACGUCAUGGAGUAUCUACCUUUUAAUCUUGAGCGAAUAUACAACAGGUUCGGCUAUAUGAUGGAGAGAGAAAUCAGAUUAUGCUACUUUAGGCAACUUGUUCAGGCACUUCAAUUUUUACAGUCACGAGAUAUAAGUCACAGGGACAUUAAGCCUCAAAACUGCUGUAUAGACUAUGAAGGAAGAUUAAAGCUAGUGGAUUUUGGAUCCUCCAUUAGAGGUCAAUAUGCUGUAGGACUUGCAGGUUCCAGGAAGUAUGCUGCUGCUGAAGUGUAUAGAGGUCAGAGAUACGAUUCAUUUAAGGCAGAUGUCUGGUCGCUUGGAGUCUGUCUAGUGCUAUUAUAUUAUUGCAGUGAUUGCAGGUGGAAGAUGGCACGUGAUGAUAGUUUCUAUGAAGCAUACUGUCGGCAUCGCUCCCUAGACAUGGUUGUGAAAGUACCUGGAAACGUAGAAUUGUCGCAGAUCUACGAUCACGACUCCGUCGAUCGGACGAUCCUCUCACUUUUAGACCCCGACCCACAGCUUAGACCUGAGUUGGCAACUCUACAAUUAGAACAUUGGUUCCAGGCAAUCCCGGACCAUUCACAGCCUGACCAUUGCAUCAAUCAUAAGAAGUAUUUAUGCUAG